CGUGAUUAUUUACCUCUGACGAGUCGUCGCGUUACCACAGUGUGCCGUACAGUGUGUGCGCGCGGAGCACAGUUUAGAUCCAGGACCAAGAGCCCUACCAACAUACAUUCCAACAACUGCUUGUUCAAACAAGCAACAGCAAGUCUGGCAGUACGGUACGGCAUUUGACGACAGCAAAACGAUAACGUACAGUGCGCGCGCGAUUUGAGUCGUUCGAGUCGGUUCCAGCCAGCAAACACAUACACACACACGCUCGCCCGCCCGUUUUAAUUUUUUGUCUAACUGCCGAGCAUCGUCAAAUCGUUGUUUACAUUUUCGUCAGCAGCGCUAGAUGAUAAGGAAUAGGCAACGCGUCGGUGCCCAGUCGAACGGGUGUACAGAGGCCCGUGUGCUGUACAGAUUUGAGCCACGAUCGUUCCGGAUGGUUUGACUGUGAGUGAGUGAGUGAGCGAUUGUCCCCGGCUGUGGGUAGAAAUAUUUGAAGCAGGAAGGGGGCAUCAAAUAUUUGAAACCACAAAAAAAAGGAUGAUGUGUGUGCGUGCAAGCUUCGAAAAGACAAAUAUUUGACGACGGCUAAGAAACCAGCGCCAGGGGCUGAUUGUGUGUUAUCGGCGAGUCCAUUGCUCCGGUUUUCUAUCACCUUAUCGCGCACCCCGAUCCGAUCGUUCUGCCCAGUGAGUGUGCGUGUGUGUGUGUGUGUGUGUGUUCAAUACGGUGACAAACGUCCAGCACAGUGUGUCGUGAAGCCGUGAAGCAACGAGCCAAAGAAAGUGCCCUUUGUGUGGCCAAGUUUUGAAAAAAAGGAAAGGGUUCUAGAACGGUUUUUUUCCCCCUUUCGUGUUCGAUUUGCCAUCGCAGCCUGCUGGGAUUGCUGCUGCUGCUGCUUACCGGUACAGUAUGAGUGUCUUCACCUAUCGCCUGCUUGCAUUGACCGUGGUGUACUUUACCUGCCUCAAGGUUGGCCAAAUGCUGUAUCAAACCCUAGCGAACGGUGAGGUUGAGAAUUAAUACAAAAAAAAGAAGUAGCAUUUUCCAAGGAAGGGAACAAACACACACAAGCAGACAAACACAUAUACGUUGUGUGAUUGCAAAAUUAAAUGUGAGUGAAAACUGUGUGCCCUACCCGUCACCCAAUCAAAGGUGUGUAGCCGCACGUGUGUGAGAGCGAGUGCCAUAAGAAGGGCUAAGAAGGUACGGCGAAGAAGUGUGCAUUGUAUACACGUCUUUUCCGUAGAAAAGGGGGAAAGAUAAUGUUAUGUGAAAAGUGUACAAAAAGCUGAGCCAAAUAUGCUAUAAUAGUGGAAGAAUUGUCUAAAAGUGAAAGCAAUAAUCAGUGCCAGUUGUACGGGAUCAUCUCCCCUUGUGUGCAAAAACAAACACCAACGAUCGAGAAUCUCACCGAAGCGUUGUCUUCGGAGUGGCCCUUAACCCGUUCUAACACCACCAGCACGUUCACAACCCACCAACCAACCUUUCGCCGUCUCGGCCGUGCCAUGGAUGAACUCAUCAACGGAACGCUCCAGCGUCUACCAUUCGAUGACGGGGGACGAUGGAGCAACGUUACUUCCGUUCUGCCAACGAUCGACACGGCGUCGGCCGGGGAGGAGACCGACUUCCCGGACGAAACCAGCAGAUUUUCCCGCCCAUUGCUAACGUUUGCUGCCGUCGCGACGAUCACAAUUAUGGUCACAGGAAUUGUGGGCAAUUUGCUUACGAUUGUCGCACUGCUCAGAUGUCCCAAGGUGCGAAAUGUGGCGGCCGCCUUCAUUAUCAGCCUGUGCAUAGCGGAUUGUCUGUUUUGCAUCAUCGUCCUGCCAUUCAACGCGAUGCGCUUCAUCCAGGGCACGUGGAUGCACGGCGAGACGCUCUGCACACUGAUAACGUUUAUGCAAUACGGCAGUGUCGGCGUGUCGCUGCUUUGCAUCACGAUGAUCAGCAUAAACCGCUACAUUAUGAUCGCACACUACAGCAUCUACCCGAAGGUGUACAAGACGUCCUGGAUUAUGGUGAUGAUCGUUGCCUGCUGGCUGUUUUCCUACGGCUUCCAACUGCCAACGCUUUUCGGUGUUUGGGGAAAAUUCGGUUACAACCACCAACUCGGUACCUGCUCGAUUCUGCCGGACGACGAGGGACGCAGCAGCAAGACGGCCAUGUUCAUCAUUGCCUUUAUCAUUCCGUGUAUGAUUAUCGUGAUAUGCUACAGUCGCAUCUUUUGCGUCGUGCACAAAUCGGACAAGCGGAUGAAGAACCAUUCCAAAUCACAGUGCAACAUUCCAAACAAUCUGCGAUCGGCGGCCGAUCCGGCCUCGCCCCUGUCGGCCGGCAGUUCCAGCUCGGCCAACAACAACUCCAUCAGCUACACGGCCAGCUCGUCGGCGGUGAAGGUCGCGGGCGCCGCACGGACCGCAGCGGACGCGCGGGACGCAAAGGCCCGGCGCAACGAGUGGCGCAUCACCAAGAUGGUGCUGGCGAUCUUUCUGUCGUUCGUCAUGUGCUACCUGCCGAUCACGAUAUCGAAAAUCGUCGACAAGAAUGUCUCGGUGCCGGUGCUGCACAUCAUCGGCUACAUUAUGCUGUACCUUUCGGCGUGCAUCAAUCCGAUCAUUUACGUGAUCAUGAACAAGCAGUACCGGCAGGCGUACAAGACCGUGAUCUUCUGCAAACCGUCACGCCUGCUUGGCUUCGGUGGUAGCAGUGUUGGAGAGAAAUGGAAAGACAUCGGGUACAGCUACAACCACAGUCGUACCAUGGUGUCCCAAGUUUCAAUAGCCGAACCAGAGUCGCCCCCAUCCAGCCGACUACGCCAAGAUUCGCCGCACCCACAACAUUUAGUCGCCAUUCAAGAUAGUUAGUAGAAGAUAAGACUUGUGAGAACUGCACAACCCUAAGACACACAGGAGGACAGUGGACUGAGAACGCAUUAUCUUUCUCCCUACACUAAUAAUAAUAAUAGUAAUAAUAGUAAUAGCCGUUAACCGGAGCACACAGUGAGCAGUGACCGUCCUGCUGAUAAGCCACUUGAAUGACCAAAAAACAUGGAAGACAUGGCCGAAUGGAAACCAGCAAACCAGAGCUUACGUUCGCCAAAACGCCACUUAUGACACCAAAACGACUCCAAAAAAGCACCACGAUUCGGGGGGUUUAUUUUAAAAUCGCGUUGGGAACCUGUAAGUCCCAAACAACUACUACUAUGUAACAUUCACGAUGCCAAACCGAUAGGGUUAACCAACACAUUUUCUGCAAGCUAAUGGCAGAGGCGCGAACGAUUUCGCUAGCGAAAAAGGUUGAAUUUCGAGGAGGAAGUUUAAGGUUUGUUGGUAGUUUGUAAGGAUGAGCGCAUGAGUGUAGUAAUAGUGUUCUUAGUUCAUACAAAGCGAAUGCAAAGCUCCAAAGAUGUGACGAGAGUUAGCAGCCAAGAGCAGCACAGAAAAAUGUCAAGACAAAAGGCCCGGCUCUUGUUAUCGUUUGCAAUAUAGUUGAUAAGAUUAAAUUAUUCGCCUUUAGUUUCGGAUGCGACGGACGCGGUUCCUGAACAGCGGCUACUUUCCGCAACCAACGACACUUCUCUCUCUCUCUCUGUAAACCUGUACAAAAAUCAAACCAAUCAAGUGAAUAAAGACAGCUCUUAACGUAAACGCCAA